GACGGGGUUAACAUAAAAGGCGGCGAGAGAUAACGCGUACAGGGUGCGGUAGUGGGGUUGGUCGUAGGGUCCUAUUUGCCGGAAGCUCCGACGUUAUAUUCUUCGUUCCAGUUUCAGCAAAGAGCCAUGACGGCACAUACGACGACGACCCUGGUCGCCAUCCUCUUCUGUUUAGCCAUCGGGGGAGUAACAGGUGGGGAAUUAGAAACGACAUUGUUCAGAUGCUGCAACUUUGGAUUGGGUGCAGUCAACAAGAAUUGUAGUUACACAAAGCCUAUCCAGCACAUAUCACUGCAAAAUCAAAAAAUCUGCGCUUCAACUUUAGAGUUAUGUUGCGCCAGAGAAAAAAGAGAAAAAAAUUGCGAAGAUGGCAAAACAGCAGCGCAAAAUGGUGAACAUUGUUCAUACUUAGAUAAUAAUGACAAGCAAUUCUGUUGUGAAGCAUGCACGUUAGGUUCUCUUAUAGGAGCUACUGGCAAUAACUGUAAUUUGGGAAGAAUCGACUUUGGCACACUUCUAGGAACAACUUACCUGUCUUGCUGCAGAAAUGCCAGCACCCAGCAACAAUAUCAGAGUAAUCCAGAUAAUAUGUGUGAAGUACUUCCUGGUGAACUUUGCGCACAUAACUGUCAUUCUAUUCCCGGUUCUUAUAAAUGUUCCUGCAGACCAGGGUAUGUACUUCUGCCAGAUGGGAAGUCUUGCGAAGAAAAUAUUGCUGAUAAGUGCCAGUCGAGUGCUAAUCGCUGCUCUCAGAGGUGCUCUUCGUCAGGAAGUAACAUUGUAUGUUCAUGCUACCCUGGCUAUUAUUUGUCACAAGAUAAAGUCACAUGCAAACGCAUGCCAGACUCCAGUCAACGCUGUAAAACAGGCUUUGCUUAUAAUUUUACAACAAGAAUUUGCUCUGAUAUAGACGAAUGUGAAGAACAACACUUUUGUAACAUUUUCACACAAGAUUGUGUCAAUACUGAAGGGAAUUAUAGAUGCAUUCCAAAACGUAAUUGCAGAGUUGGAUUUCGCUUCAAUAAACAAAGGAAUGCUUGCAUAGAUAUUGAUGAAUGCACAGAACAAAAGCCAUGUGACAGCACGCAGAUUUGUCAUAACACAGAAGGAAGCUAUGAGUGUUCUUGUCUCCCAGGCUACUCAAGAGACCAUUUAACUCUUGGGUGUAUUGACAUUAAUGAAUGCCAAACAAAUGCAGCUAACUGUAGAAUAGGCGAAAGGUGUGACAACACUCUAGGGUCAUAUAUUUGUGUCAGAAAUGCAAAUUGUGGGACUGGUUAUACAUUGAAUGCGGUCACUGGUAAAUGUGAAGAUAAUGAUGAAUGUGCAUCAAACACUCACGACUGUGAUCUCGCUGGUCCGGAUAGGGUGUGCUUGAAUACUCAAGGAUCAUUUCGGUGUGUUCGGAGAGCAGUGCAAGGUAAUGGCUAUUGUCCCAACAACAACUGUAAUCCUAGACCAUGUCCUCAGGGAUAUAAAUUAGUCAAUCGUCAGUGUGUAGACAUCAAUGAAUGUGCGGAACGAGUUCACUUGUGUCCUCGCAAUGAAAUAUGCGUUAAUGUACAGGGGAGUUAUAGGUGUAAUAAAGUAGUCAAUUGUGAACCAGGGUUUAAACUAGCACCAGAUCGAAGAAACUGCAUUGACAUUAAUGAAUGUGUUGAGCAUGCUGGUCUUUGUAGUCAUUCGUGUAUAAAUCUAUAUGGAAAUUUCACAUGUGGUUGUAACCCAGGCUACAAAUUAGAUGUGGACAACAGAUCCUGUAUUGAUAUAGACGAGUGUGAGAAUUCCUUCCAAGUAUGCAACGGAUUAUGUGUCAACGAACCUGGCAGUUAUUCCUGCCAAUGCCCUCGCGGUUACAGACUUUCUUAUAAUAAACAUUCAUGUGAAGACAUUGAUGAGUGUAGAGAACCUGAUGCUUGUUCGCACAGCAAUGAUACAUGUCUCAACAUGAGAGGGGGACACAGGUGUUUUCAAGUUACUUGUCCUCCGGGAUAUGAAAAAGAUUUGAGCCAUGAAAACCGCUGCAGAAGACAAAACAACAAGUGUCAUAACAAUGAUUUAGCUUGCACAGAACAGCCAUUAUCGUACACAUCUCAUUAUAUUACAAUCACAUCAAACAUUACAGUUGAACCUUCAGGGCUGGAUAUAUUUAACGUAAAAGCACCCAGUUACUCAUUGACAACGAUUGAUUUUAAACUGGAACUCUCACAGGUUAUUGCUUCGCCUCAGAUCAGAAAAGCAACAAUGGAAAAUUUCGCCUUAAGAAUGAGCGGACACAACAAAGCCACACUUACAAUAAUAAAAUCAAUUGAAGGGCCUCAAGACAUAGAAAUAAGAUUGUACAUGAAUUUCUUUACCAACAGAAUUUACGGCGGGACCACUGUUUCUAUAGUUGAGAUUUACGUUUCACAAUUUCCAUUUUAGGAUGUUGGGUUUAAUUCGUUUCAAAUUCACUUUUAUUAUUUAACAAUCGGUAACAUUUCUAUUUCUAGUCUGGAGUGUUUUAAGAAAUUGAAGAACAUUGUAAACAAACUCAAGGGGGGGAAAGGCAAAUAUUUGUAUAUAUAAAAAUAAAUAAAUAAUAUUUUCAAUCCAUCAAAUAUAAUGAAGGGUAAUUUUGUAAUAAAUUUUCUCACAAGAGAAUAAAAUACAAUGGGACAAAACAUUAUGUGAUAUUACAAAAGUAUUCAUUUGUCUCAAAUCUUUUCUUCCGAGGAUGUGAGGUUAAGUGAAUGAUUGAAGUAUGCAGGACUAGAUAAUGCGUAAAUAUAAAUUAAUACAAACUGUUACAGUUUUUUGAAGUUGUUAACGAUGUUCUUACAUGUAAUUUAUUAAUUAUACUGAUCACUUGUAAUUCUUUUACUAAUGGUUAUUAGGCUUUUCUCUCUGGUGUUUUUUGUUUUGUGUUUGUUAAGUCGUUUGCUAAUUGACUUCAGUCUAUUGUUGUGUGUUAUUUUUAUUUUUCUUGUUUUUAGUUUUUUUAGAGAGCUUGUACUAAAUAUAAUUUGUAUGUCAUGUA